CCCGCCCGGUGUCUAUCUAAGCUCCGCAGAUUACAGCGAGUAGACUGAAGUGAAAGGUUUUGACAUUUAAAGUGUUUUCAUGAAAAGACAAUGACUUCCCUGCAACACGUCAAUCCCAGAGCGAGAGGAAUCAGAGUGUCGCCACAAAGUUUUCUCCAAAGUCUGGCUGAGCACAUCACACAGGAGAUCACACAGAAGGUGCACAAACCCUUUAAGGAGGUGAUUGAUGUCAGCUCAGGUGAUCCUCACAGAGCAGGAAUGAAGCCCGUCUCAUUUGUUCGACAGGUCUUGGCAGUGUGUUUGUACCCUGAGCUGCUGACAGACCAAAGCUUUCCUCUGGAUGUCAGGCUGAGAGCUCAGAGGCUGCUGGAGGCCUGCGAUGGCGGAAGUGUGGGUUCAUACACUGCUUCCUCUGGGCUGCUUCAUGUCAGGCAAAGCAUCGCUGAGUUCAUCACAAAGCGAGAUGCUGGAGUUCCUUCAUGCGCCAAAAACGUCUUUAUUUCAUCUGGUUCUCAAAAGGCACUGAUGAUUAUUGUGAGGCUGCUGGCCAGUGGAGAGGGGGAGAUUCAGACAGGGGUGCUGACCCCCAUGCCCUGCCCACACACACUGCCUACUCUGCUGGAUGAGGGUGAGGUGGCUCUGGUGCCCUACCGGCUGGUGGAGGAGCAAGGUUGGGCUAUAGACCUGGACGAGCUGCACCGAGCUGUGACUACUGCUAGGGGGCGCUGCCAGCCCAGAGCAAUUUACAUCAGCAACCCAGGAAACCCCACAGGCCACGUGCAAACCAGGGAAUCAAUAGAGGAAGUGAUUCGGUUUGCAGCAGCUGAGGGACUCCUACUGUUUGUUGAUGAGGUUUACCAGGACAGCAUGAUUGGAUUGGACAGAGAGUUUAUUUCCUAUAAGAGAGUCCUGUUUGAGAUGGGCAAAGAGUAUGCAGAGACUGUGGAGCUGGUCUCCUCCCACUCUUUGUCCUGCGCCUGCAUAGCAGAGUGUGGUCAGAGGGCAGGGUACAUGGAGAUAGUCAACAUGGACCCAGAGGUGAUGCAUUUUGUUGAUACCAUGCUGUGCACUGACAUCUCUACUCCAGUCACAGGGCAGCUCGCUCUGGACCUCAUGCUCAACCCACCAAAGCCUGGAGACCCUUCAUAUGACACAUACACACAGGAGACCCUCCUCACUUGGACCACUCUGUCCCAGAAUGCUCAGCGGGCUCUGGAGCUCCUGAGUGAUCUACCAGGGAUCAGCUGCCAGCCAGCGAUGGGGGGAAUCUACCUUUAUCCACGUCUGCAUUUACCAUCUGAAUUUACGCAGCUAGCCAAGAUGCUGGAAGUGGAAGCAGAUGUUCUGUACUGUCAGAAGUUACUGGAAGAGGAGGGUGUGUUUGUGGGUGCAGGGCACCACGGCGGAACAACCAGCAGCCACCAUGUGAGGUUAUGUGUCCUUGUUCCUCCUGACACCAUGGAGGAGGUCCUGACUCGCCUCUGUUCCUUUCACCUUCGCCUCAUGGAUGGCCACUGUGACCCCGACUAAAGUCAGAAGGAUAAUAACAAGGAGGAAAAGUUUUCCCCCCAUCUAAUUUUUCCUGAAAUUGGCUUCUUAAUAUAGAAAUCAUCUUCAUCCUCAAAGUAUCAAUUGUUCUAAGUCCUUAUGAAAUUGAUAUUUGACAAUUACACUGAGAAAAAUACUCAGACACAAGCAUUUUCUCCUUUGAUAAUUAGUGUAUUUCUGUACUUGAUCCCCAUUUUGUACAUCAGGAAUGCAUACACUGUCUGUUUUGACUCAAAGCUGAGGCUCUGUUUUAUGAAUCAACUGGUGGGUUUGAAAAGAGUUUGGAUGCUGAACAGAAGAGAAAGAAAAUGAAUAAAGAGCAGAAGAGUCGGAUAAGAAAGUCAUAGAGGAGUAUUGGUGUAAAAAAAAAUCUUCAUUAAAAAGCAUUUAACAGAAUUUAAAAAAGAACAAUAGUACAAAAAUGAAAGCUGAAAUACAUGGUACUGCAAUAGUUUGCGCUGCGUCUCACCACCAGUUGGUUCUUUUGUCAGAGGACAUGUGAACAUACUUUAUGCUGUAACACUAUAACAACAUAGUAGACCACAUAUGAGACUGUAGGAUUUCAUGCUAGAUAUACACUACUGUUCCAAACGUUGGUGUCACCCAGGCAAUUUCAUGUUUCCCAUGAAAAUUCACACUUUUAUUCAUGUGCUAACAUAAUUGCACAAGAGUUUUCUAAUCAAUUAGCCUUUCAACACCAUUAACUAACACAAUGUAGCAUUAGAACACAGGAGUGAUGGUUGCUGGAAAUGUUCCUCUGUACCCCUAUGGAGAUAUUCCAUUAAAAACAGCUGUUUCCAGCUAGAAUAGUCAUUUACCACAUUAACAAUGUCUAGACUGUAUUUCGGAUUAAUUUUAUGUUAUCUUCAUUGGAAAAAAAAGAUUUCUUUCAAAAAUAAGGACAUUUCUAAGUGACCCCAAACUUUUGAACUGUAGUGUAUAUAAAAAUGUUGACACUCAUACUAUGUAUCAAUAUGGAAAUAAAUCAAUAUGUAUGGAAAAUGUAA